AUGGCGUCCGAAGCAAGCGGUCGAUUUCAACCUGAAUUAUUCCAGCCCUUGCCCCCGAACCCGGCAGACUGCCUAGUAUUGUAUGGUAGCCCUUUGAACACCUUCGGCUUGGCGGGGAUGUGGAUCCAGUCGGUGAUCAGUGGAUGCCUCCAGGAUGUUUUUGAACAGGAUUGUACCAACUCUUUGCCAGGGAUAUUCUACCCUGGCCAGAGUCCUGAGGGGCAUGCCCCUGUGAAUGCUCCUCAGGGCCAAAUGGAUCCCGAGACCAUGUGGAUAUGUAAUGCUGUCAUCGACCCUGUCGGCAAGGGUUGCACCCAACUCUUCAACCCGCAGGCGGUUUGCGCGAACGUCGACGACGAUACCUUCAGGGAUCUUGCGAUCCGCAACCCGAAGAUCCAUCCCGAAGACCCAAUGUCCCAGGAGGCACAGGUUACCCAAGGAAUCUUGAGCGUCACAUCGUUCACAGAGGAUUUGCUCGACGAUGCUUGCGCCUCCGAGGUCGCAUUGUUGGGCAUCGGCGCGGGACAACUUGUUUCUGGAAACUUCUCAGGCAGGUGCAACCACGACGUGGCUCUAAUAGCUUGCGUCCAUGACAAUCUGGACCUGGGGGAAAAGGGUGCACCUGACGAGGGCAGGCAUCCUCGAGCCUCGCUGUUCGUUUCAGGAUACCGCCCAGAAGCCAUAGGGCUGCCCGAGGAAGACCUGGCGAAUUGCACGAGCAACGCCAACGUGUUCGGCGGCGUGCUCUGCACGGCGGCACCCUCGGGCGAUAUCGCGCCCGCGACGCCCGUGAGGGAGGCGCCGCCGCGGCACGGGGCCGCCACUGUCGUGGCCCGGGCGGCCGCGCCCUGCCCUCCUCUCCUGCCUCGAGUGGCCGCGCGCGGCGUGGCGGGCCCGCCCCUUCGCAGGCUGGUCACGACUUGCCACGAUCAGGUGCACGUACGAUAG